AUGGCAACGUCGCUAAAAACAUGGAAAAGGGUUUUGGCGCGACAUACCAACACUCUCUUGCAACUCUUAACCCAGUAUACGCCUUUGGGAGAUGAGACAAUGCUCAGUGAUGAAUCACUUGGCAGUGAUGCGCUCACCCAAAUAAAAAAGGCUGAAAUACAAAUAAAACCAACACAAGUUGCGCUUGAAAAGGCGCUUUAUGCCUUUACUGAAGCAGUCGAUAACCUUGAAAAUCCCCUCACAGACGAGGAGGAUAAGAAAGUCUCCGAGUACAUGGACAAAGCUCAAGAAACUAUUUCCGAAACAGAAAGCCUACUUACAAGAAUGGAGAUAAGUAAACAAUUGAUUUCAGCUCAUGGCCACACCAAUCCUCAAGGAUCCAGAGCAGUGCCAAAAACUGUAGCUAAUGCAAAUCUGGCGGCAAGAUUUGAACUUCCAAAAAUACCAAUACCAGAAUUUACUGGUAAAAGUUGGCAAUGGGAUAAUUUUUGGGAGCUUUUCAACGCAACAGUGCAUUCGUCACCAAUUCCAGAUCUGCAGAAAUUCAAUUAUCUCCUUAGAGCAUUGAAGGGGGAAGCCAAAGAAUCUAUUGCACGGUUUCAAGUCACCUCUUCUAAUUAUGCUCUAGCAGUAGCUUACUUACAAGAAAAAUAUGGUAACGUGCAGAUCAUAGUAACGAGUCUGCAUCAGAAAUUAGAGCAAUGGUGCGCUAAAAGCUCCAUGCUCAAAGAUCAAAGAAAAUUGUACGAUCAACUCUCCGUAAUCACAGCUCAACUUGAGAGGAAAGGCGAAUCUCUCGACAGCCCAUGGCUCUUAUCGAAAAUUCUUUCCAAAUUUACGGAGACAAUACAAAGGAGAGCUCUCAAUGAGAAAGUGUCUCUACCUAGAGGGGAGACAUGGACUCUUAACAAGCUCAUGACAUCCCUCGAUGUGAUCCUAAAACAAGAAGAAAAAAAUUGA